CCUCUCAAGAAUCUUGAUGGAUGAGUUUUGAUUACACAUGUAUAAGCAGUAAUCAGAAGGUGUGUUGGCAGAAGCAAGGGAAAACAUGAAAGGACAUGAAGAGAAGUUGAUGAAUAUAUGUUGGCUGAGGCCUUCUUUCAAGAGACAUUCUCUGAGGUCGCCCUCAUUUAACAAGCCACUUUGUUCAUCAUAUUCACUUUUCUUCGUUUUCUUCCUCCUCGUUCUUGCUGUGUUCAUCUUCACCGGCCAGGUUGACCCCGGUAAGUAUGUAAAAUACUCUUACCAAAGGACAACUAUAGCAAAAGGCGAAAAUACCCUCGACUGCGGCGCGUGGAAUCACACCAAAUCCUGCCCGAUAAACCGCCCGGGUAGGCGCGAACCGUCUGCAAAUCCGGCGCCGACCUGCCCUGAAUAUUUCCGAUGGAUCCACGAGGACCUCCGCCACUGGAGACGGACCGGAGUGACGAAGGAGAUGGUGGAUAAAGCGCAAGCGACGGCGCAUUUCCGCCUCACCAUCCUGGACGGGAAGGUGUACGUCGAGAAUUUCCGGCCGUCGAUCCAGACUCGGGCUCUGUUCACUGUUUGGGGGAUCGCGCAGCUGAUCCGGACCUACCCGGGGAGAUUUCCCGAUCUGGAGCUGAUGUUCGACUGCGACGACCGCCCAGUCGUCCAGGCCAGCCGCUUCCGGCUGCCCGACUCCGCCCCGCCGCCGGUUUUCCGCUACUGUUCGGAUUGGCGCAGCUUGGAUAUCGUGUUUCCCGACUGGUCGUUUUGGGGCUGGGCUGAGACGAAUAUAAAGCCAUGGAGAAGUGUGUUGAAGGACAUAAAAGAAGGAAACAAGAAGACAAAAUGGGAGGAUAGAAAGCCCUAUGCUUAUUGGAAGGGAAACCCCAGUGUUUGCAAAUGGAGGGCUGACCUUAUGAAGUGUAAUGCUACUCCUCAAACUGACUGGAACACUCGUCUUUAUGUUCAGGACUGGAUUGCAGAGUCCCGACAAGGAUACAAGCAAUCCAAUCUUGGAAACCAAUGCACCCACAGGUACAAGAUUUACAUAGAAGGAUGGGCGUGGUCCGUGAGCGAGAAGUACAUAUUUGCCUGCGACUCCCCCGUCUUGCUGAUGACACUACGUUGGUAUGAUUUCUUCACAAGAGGCAUGGUUCCUCAGCACCACUAUUGGCCCGUCAGGGACAGUGACAAAUGCAGAUCUCUCAAGUUCGCAGUCGAUUGGGGAAACAACCACAAGGAUAAGGCAAAGUCCAUUGGUGAAGCCGGGAGUAGCUUCAUCCACGAGGAUCUGAAGAUGGAGUACGUCUACGACUACAUGUUCCAUCUUCUCAACGAGUAUGGGAAGCUGAUGAAGUACAAGCCCUCUGUUCCUGCUGGCGCAGUGGAGCUGUGCACGGAGUCAGUGGCCUGCUCUACGCAAGGGAUCUGGAGAGAGUUCAUGGAGGAAUCCUUGGAGAAGGGGCCUAGAGGGUCGGAUCCGUGCACGAUGCAACCUCCCUACAAGCCUCAAGAAAUCCAAGCCUUGGUUGAUGGGAAGAUCAAGAUGGCUAAACAAGUGGAGGCGUGGGAGAAUCAGUACUGGGACGAACAAAACAAGAAGCCACAGCGGUUAUAAGCACUCUUUUAUCUUUACUUUUUUUUAAAAAUUUGUUACAUGCUUGUUUAAUGUGGAAGCUGCUGUCUUUUUAUGGUUUUUUCUUCACUUUUAAAGUUAGUGUUGCAUAAGAGCAUAGUUUUUGAGGUUUUGUAAAUGAGGGUGUCAUGAUUCAGAAGCUAUGUUGUGUUUCUUGACAUUGAUGUCAAUAAAAUGAUUCUUGAAAAGCA